UAUUCAGAUUCGGUUUUCGCUGAAAAUUCCGGGAAAGAAUUGUUUGAUUGUUUAUUAAAAUAUAUAACUUAAAACUUACAUUUUAAUUUUGUUUUACUUCAGUUUAUUUUAAACUAUCAUACAAUUGUGUUAUUCAAGAUAUUAUAGUCAACUGAGCAAUAAUGGAUGAUAAAGAUGCAAUUGAUGGAAUUAUAAUACCAGUCACAACCGAAGCUGAAACUGAGUGUUCGGUUCAACAAGUGACUGAAGAUGUAAAAUCUGCACAGGAUGUAGAUCCAGUUAUUCAACAGGAAAGCAAUGAAAUAGAACCCAUGUUGAUUGAUCAACUCGAUAAAGUCCAAGAGAAUGUAAAAAUAGAUACAGUAGCAGAAGAAGCAAUACCUGAAGCAUCUGAAAAGGUUGUAGAACCAAUGGAAACUGACGAAACACCAAUGGCAGUUGAUGAGCCCCAAGCUAUAUUAAUGGACUCUACACCAAUCCAAGAAAGCCUGACGGAUUUGGCAUCUGUUCAAACUAAUUUAAUUGGAACGCCUCACGAGGAUAUUGAACCAUUACACGAGGGUAUAAUUGAUGCAGGCCAACCACAAACUGUACCAAUUGUCGUUCCAGAUAUAGUAAAUGAUAGUGUAAAACUUGAGAGUGGUGGAGAUGAUAUUGAUCAGCAAUCUGUUUUAAGCAUGAAAGAUUCAGAACUAAAAGACUUGGUUAUGAGAGAGUUGUCAGAGUUUUUGACUGAUGAACCAUCACAAAAUAAUGGAUCAUUAGCAGCAAUCAAAACAGAAGAUUCUAAAAGAGAAGAUCAAAAGAAUAUUGAAAACUUGGAGCAUUCCUUGAGCGAAGCUAUUAAGGCCGAACCAAAAGAAGUAAAGAAAUCUGAUAAUGAUAUAGCUGAUGCAUUAUCAACGUUGGCAACUGCUGCACUUACUCAGGCUCCUACAAAUGGACCUAACGAUACUGUUACAUCUAAACCCACAAUGGCUGUUCUCCCUGUCAAGCAAGAUGGUCCAGCGUGGUGUGACGUUGGUGUAAUCAAAGGCACCACUUGUUUAGUAAAACAAUUUUAUUCGACAGGUACUACUGAUGAGCAUGAAAAUACUAGUUUAGACCAUUUACCAGAUUAUACAAGUAAAUUGAAAAUUGACAUUCAACCUGGUACGGCGUACAAGCUGCGUAUUGCUGCAAUUAACACUUGUGGCCGAGGAGAAUGGAGUGAAAUAUCGGCCUUUAAGACUUGUUUACCUGGAUAUCCAGGAGCGCCAUCUGCUAUUAAAAUUACCAAAGCACCGGACGGAGCAAGUUUGACAUGGGAGGCACCUCCAUCAAGUUCUGGAAAAAUAUUGGAGUAUUCAGUUUGUUUAGCGAUUAAAAAUCUUAAAGAACUACCACCACAGAGUCCUAAACAAGCUCCUCCGAGUUUAAAUUUUGUAAGAGUUUAUUGUGGGCCACACAAUGCAGCAGUAGUUAGUCAUGAGUCGCUCGGAGCAGCGUUAAUUGACAGAACCAAUAAACCUGCUAUAAUUUUUCGUAUUGCUGCUAAAAAUGAAAAAGGAUAUGGUCCAGCCACACAAGUCAGAUGGUUACAAGACAGCAAUGUUCCAGGUUCAGGCAAAACUCCUUCGAUGAAAAGAGAAAAGAGUGUUAAUUUAUUGACUGGGGUUCCCAAAAGACCAAAAUUGUAAUAUGAAUUGUAUUCAAAAUACUACUUUAGUUUUAAGUUAAAUCGUCAUGAUUCCAUUUAAAAAGUAACAACUUUUCUUAAAUUUAAUUACAUUUACGAUAAUAUAACAGUUAUGACUACUUGGGAUGUUUGUAUGAAAUAUUAAAAUUAUGAAAUUGUAAAAAGCUUUAUUUAAUAUUAAAACAUUGAAUAAGCUUGGUAUUUACUUUUAUCUUUUUACUUAUUAUUUUUUUUCUAUUUACUUUGGUUUUCGUCUUGUUAUUAAGUAUUGAGUAUUUAAUAUUAUAAUAUAAUUCAGUUUAAACGGUA